UCCCGCCCUGGAUGCCACAGUGCAUUCUGGGUCAAUCCCAAGAUGGCGGCGCCCUUGCGCAAGUGCUGAGAAAGUGUCUCUACAGAGAAACAGUGAGAAAUUUCCGUUUUGCAGCACAUUUUCAGUGUCAUCGGAUUGUGAAAGGUCACAACGGGUGCACAAAACGAGAUCUACGACCGAGUCAUCGAUUGCAAUAACAGAUCUUGGCGUGGCUCUGGCAGAACGUCCGUGCGAAGAUGGGCCUCCAUCCGAGCCCCUACCCCUAGCGAAAAGUGGACAGGGGGAGAACAAUCGCAGAUUUCCCUGCAAACACAUUCCGGUCGAUCUCGGACUUGACGGCUUUCACUUUUUGCAAAAAUUGUGGACGCUGCCGUAUAACUUACUAACGGGAGUUAUCUGCGCGACCGCUUCUGUCAUCGUUCGGAGACGCAGGAGUUCCCCAGCUCGUGGUGUGCAGUUAACAGCCGCGCCAAGGGCCCUGAUGAAAAUGGACGCGGAGCUACUCCACUCGCCCGUGGUGGCGCUGGCGGAGGAGGAGGAGGCCGACAUGAGCGACUGGAACCUGCCACUGGCCUUCAUGAAGAAGCGCCACUCGGAGAAGAUCGAGGGCUCCAAGGCGCUGGCACAGAGCUGGAGGAUGAAGGACAGGAUGAAGACGGUGAGCGUGGCCCUGGUUCUCUGUCUCAACGUGGGAGUGGACCCCCCUGAUGUUGUCAAGACCUCGCCUUGUGCCAGACUGGAGUGCUGGAUCGACCCACUCUCCAUGAGUCCACAGAAAGCCCUAGAAACCAUCGGGGCCAACCUACAGAAGCAAUACGAGAACUGGCAGCCUCGGGCCCGCUACAAGCAGAGUCUGGACCCCACGGUGGACGAGGUGAAGAAGCUGUGCACGUCGCUGCGGCGGAACGCCAAGGAGGAGCGCGUGCUCUUCCACUACAACGGCCACGGCGUGCCCCGGCCCACCGUCAACGGGGAGAUCUGGGUCUUCAACAAGAACUACACUCAGUACAUCCCCCUCUCCAUCUACGACCUGCAGACCUGGAUGGGCAGCCCCUCCAUCUUUGUGUACGACUGCUCCAACGCCGGCAUCAUCGUCAAGUCCUUCAAACAGUUUGCCCUGCAGAGGGAGCAGGAGCUGGAGGUGGCGGCCAUCAACCCUAACCACCCCCUGGCUCAGAUGCCCCUGCCCCCCUCCAUGAAGAACUGCAUCCAGCUGGCGGCGUGUGAGGCCACUGAGCUGCUGCCCAUGAACCCUGACCUCCCCGCUGACCUGUUCACCUCCUGCCUCACCACACCCAUCAAGAUUGCCCUCCGCUGGUUCUGCAUGCAGAAGAGUGCCAAGCUGGUGCCAGGGGUGACACUGGACCUGAUUGAGAAAAUACCUGGCAGACUGAAUGACAGAAGAACGCCACUGGGGGAACUUAAUUGGAUCUUCACGGCGAUCACAGACACCAUCGCAUGGAAUGUUCUACCCAGAGACCUCUUUCAGAAGCUCUUCCGGCAGGACCUGCUGGUGGCCAGCUUAUUCCGCAACUUCCUGUUGGCCGAGAGGAUAAUGAGGUCAUACAACUGCACGCCGGUCAGCAGCCCUCGCCUUCCACCAACCUACAUGCAUGCCAUGUGGCAGGCCUGGGACCUGGCGGUGGACAUCUGCCUCUCCCAACUCCCCACCAUCAUCGAGGAGGGCACCGCUUUCAGGCACAGUCCCUUCUUCGCUGAGCAGCUGACAGCCUUCCAGGUGUGGCUUACCAUGGGCGUGGAGAACAGGAACCCCCCAGAGCAGCUUCCUAUCGUCCUGCAGGUCCUCCUGAGCCAGGUGCACCGCCUCCGAGCACUGGACCUACUCGGCCGCUUCCUGGACCUGGGACCGUGGGCCGUGAGUUUGGCCCUGUCGGUGGGGAUCUUCCCGUACGUGCUGAAGCUGCUGCAGAGCUCGGCCCGGGAGCUGCGGCCGCUGCUGGUGUUCAUCUGGGCCAAGAUCCUGGCCGUGGACAGCUCCUGCCAAGCCGACCUCGUAAAGGACAACGGGCACAAGUACUUCCUGUCGGUUUUGGCUGAUCCGUACAUGCCUGCGGAGCACCGGACCAUGGCUGUGUUCAUUCUGGCUGUCAUAGUCAAUAGCUACAACACUGGCCAGGAGGCCUGUCUCCAGGGCAACCUGAUUGCCAUUUGCCUGGAGCAGCUGAACGACCCGCACCCUCUGCUGCGCCAGUGGGUGGCCAUCUGCCUGGGCCGCAUCUGGCAGAACUUCGACUCGGCGCGCUGGUGCGGCGUGAGGGACAGCGCGCACGAGAAGCUCUACAGCCUGCUGUCCGACCCCAUCCCAGAGGUGCGAUGUGCGGCGGUCUUCGCUCUCGGGACCUUUGUGGGCAACACGGCGGAGCGGACGGACCACUCCACCACCAUCGACCACAACGUGGCCAUGAUGCUCGCACAGCUCAUCAACGACGGCAGUCCCGUCGUGCGCAAGGAGCUGGUGGUGGCCCUGAGUCACCUGGUGGUUCAGUACGAGAGUAACUUCUGCACCGUGGCGCUGCAGUUCAUGGAGGAGGAGAAGAGCUAUUCUGUGUCCUCGCCUGCCAACACUACAGAGCCCGGUAACCUGACCCCGGUGAAGGACAGCCCAGCCAUCCCCCGCCUGCGCUCGGUCAACUCCUACACCAACAUCCGCGCCGCCACCACCGCGCGCAACCUCAACAAGAGCCUCCAGAACCUCAACCUCAACGAAGAAGGUGGUCCGGUUGCCUUCUCCCCGGGGAACCUGAGCACCAGCAGCAGCGCCAGCAGCACACUGGGCAGCCCGGACAACGACGAGUACAUCCUGUCCUUCGAGACCAUCGACAAGAUGAGGAGGGUCAGCUCCUACUCCUCCCUCAACUCCCUCAUCGGUGUGUCGUUCAACAGCGUCUACACACAGAUCUGGAGGGUACUCUUGCACUUAGCGGCCGACCCCUUCCCAGAGGUGUCGGACCUGGCCAUGAAGGUCCUCAACUGUAUUGCAUACAAGGCUACUAUGAAUGCCCGAUCGCAGAGGAUUCUGGACUGCGGCUCCUCCACCCAGUCGGCCCCAGCCAGCCCUACCAGCAAAGGCACGCACAUACACCAAGCUGGUGCGCCCCACAGAUCCAAACGCUGCUCAUCUCCUUCCAGCGGCUCCCCCCCCAUGCCCAGUGCCAGCAGCUCCAGCCUGACCAACGAGGUGCCCAAGCCCCCCACCCGCGACGCGCCCCCCGCCCGGCCCCCCUACACCCCGACUCUGGGGGGCCAGGCACCCCAUUCUCACCAGUUCCCCCGCACUCGCAAGAUGUUUGACAAAGGGCCCGACCAGGGGGGCACUGCUGAAGACGGAGACGAGCCGACCCCCCACAGGCACUACAUCAGCGCCACCAUGCAGACGGGUCUGUGCGACUGGAGCGCCAAGUACUUUGCCCAGCCCGUCAUGAAGAUUCCAGAGGAGCAUGAUGUGGAGAGUCAGGUGCGGAAGGAGCGGGAAUGGCGUUUCCUGCGGAAUGCUCGUGUGCGGAGGCAGAGCCAGCGCAUCACGCAGCGAGGUGUGACUCGGCUGGACGACCAGAUCUUCAUCAACCGGAACCCUGGCGUUCCAUCUGUGGUCAAGUUCCACCCUUUCAACCCCUGCAUUGCUGUGGCUGAUAAGGACAGCAUAUGCUUUUGGGACUGGGAGAAGGGAGAGCGGCUUGAUUACUUCUACAAUGGCAACCCUCGCUACACACGCAUCACGGCCAUGGAGUAUCUGAAUGGACACGACUGCUCACUACUACUCACUGCAUCUGAUGACGGAGCAUUAAGAAUCUGGAAGAACUUUGCCGAUCAGCGGAACCCAGAGAUGGUGACAGCCUGGCAGGGUCUAUCUGAUAUGCUACCCACUACAAGAGGCGCUGGUAUGGUGGUGGACUGGGAGCAGGAGACAGGGCUGCUGAUGACCUCGGGGGACGUGCGCAUCAUCCGGAUCUGGGACACGGAGAGGGAGAUGAAGGUUCAGGACAUCCCGACAGGAGCGGACAGCUGUGUGACCAGCUUGUCGUGUGACCCCCAGCGUUCGCUCAUCGUGGCCGGUCUGGGCGACGGUUCAGUGAGAGUGUACGACCGGCGGAUGGGUCCCAACGAGUGUCGAGUGAUGACGUAUCGGGAACAUGGUGCCUGGGUGGUCAAGGCCCACCUGCAGAGGGAGACGGAUGGCCAGAUCAUCAGUGUUAGUGUGAAUGGAGACGUGCGUUUCUUUGAGACGCGCGCGCCAGAUUCUGUGAACGUGCUGCAGACGGUGAAGGGUCUGACCGCGCUGGACAUCCAUCCACGUGCCAACCUCUUUGCCUGUGGCUCCAUGAACCAGUUCAUAGCCGUGUACAACUCCAACGGCGACGUCAUCAGCAACAUCAAGUACUACGACGGCUUCAUGGGCCAGAGGAUUGGGGCCAUCAGCUGCCUGGCCUUCCACCCUUACUGGCCGCACCUGGCCGUGGGCAGUAACGACUACUACAUGUCCAUCUACUCGGCCGAGAAGAGACUCAGAUAGCACCGCAGCAACCCCCCACCCCACCCCCCAAAUGCUGAAAACACAAACCACCACCCCCCCCCCUUCCCUGGAGCCAGGAUGUAAAUGACUAUUGAUGUACAUAUGCAAAACUACCACCCUGAAUGUCUAGUGAAGGCUGCUCAAUCGCUCUCAUGUGAUGAUGACUUAUAUUAUUAUUCUUGUUAUUAUUAUUAUUAUUAUCAUUAUGACCGUUACUACUAAGCAUUAUUUUGGAGCUAAUGAUUGUAGACUUGACUGUGCUGAAGAGUGUACAUUGAUUUUGCAUAUAUAAUGUUGAAAGAGCUCGAAGUUGUAUUUUAGAAGGUACAGCCUGCUGGGGAGAGAGGGGUCUGAGAGUAGACUUGCCUCCGGCAGCGUUCCUGCCUGUUUGAUUUGAACUUUGACCCUGCUUGAACCCGUGAUGUGUGUGUGGAAAAAAGGGGGCGAGCGGGGUGUGUAUAUGAUGGAAAGGAAAAACAGACAUAAGAAAUAGAAAUGAAAAGAAGUGGAGUGGAGCCGACAAACUUCAGUGCAAGACCAAGGUGGCCUCACAAGGUGUCCUGGUGGCCUGGACUCUGCUGCUGCCUGGACUCUGCUGCUGCUGCUGCUGCGUGGAAGACAGGGGGCGGCCUCUCCUUCAGGUGGUGGUCGUACACACACACACACACACACACACACACACACACACGAACACACACAUGAACACACACACACACACGAACACACACACACUCACAUACAAACGUUGGGCCUUAAAGCCCUAUCAACCACCAAACCUCUCGGCUGUUAAUCUGCUCUAAAACACCCGCGCACCUCAAACACACACCUUCACACGCACACACAUGCACGUAGCGCACUCACUCACACACUCUCCCACGCACACAAACACACACUCUCUUUCACACACACACACACACACACACACACACACAGUGCCAAACUGUCCCGCCGCCCCUCCCCCCCUCCUCGCCGUCUUUGCCCUCGUGACGCAGAGGGCCGUGCACCCGAGGCAAACGUGUCCACUGUAACCUCCGCGGAGACGGGAGGUCACUACCUAUCUACCUGUUAAGCAAUAAGGAUCCCAGGGUCGAGACUGACAAGCUUCAACUGGGGCACCCCACUUUAGAACAUGGACUUGGGCCUAACAGAGGACUCUGGAGAACCCCACUUUAGAACAUGGACUUGGGCCUAACAGAGGACUCUGACAAUAAAACCGCUGCCUAAUAGCUGUAACGAUUGCAGGCUUUGGUCUUGGUCUUUUUUUUUGUCUUUUUUUUUUUUUACCUUUUUCUUCUUUUUAAUUUCUGCUGGUCAUAACGCAUUUUCUUGGAAUCCAAGCUCUGGCUGUGUUUUGGCACAAGGUUUCAUUGCUGACUCUGUGGUCUGCUUUUUGUCUGACCAACUGGCGGACCCGGCGUUUGGGUGGUCUCAUGGCUGGUCAGAACUGUAAGAGGAUUGAGAGACAGCCGACACAUGUUAAGCACACAUAUACCCCACACGGCACCAGGAACAUUCUCAAAACCCCCUUGCUCCCCUGAACCAAAGGGUGAUGACCUCUGGACUCUGGACUCUCAGCUCACAGCCACACCAGCCUUUUAGCUUAAGCCCAGCGCCCCCAUCUGCUGAUCAUCUCAGCCCUGCUCUCCGGAGGACCUGUCAGCCUACAGACCUCCUACAGGAGAACAUGUUAGCCUACAGACCUCCUGCAGGAGAACAUGUCAGCCUACAGACCUCCUACAAGAGAACAUGUCAGCCUACAGACCUCCUGCAGGAGAACAUGUCAGCCUACAGACCUCCUGCAGGAGAACAUGUUAGCCUACAGACCUCCUGCAGGAGAACAUGUCAGCCUACAGACCUCCUGCAGGAGAACAUGUCAGCCUACAGACCUCCUGCAGGAGAACAUGUCAGCCUACAGACCUCCUGCAGGAGAACAUGUCAGCCUACAGACCUCCUGCAGGAGAACAUGUCAGCCUACAGACCUCCUGCAGGAGAACAUGUUAGCCUACAGACCUCCUGCAGGAGAACAUGUUAGCCUACAGACCUCCUGCAGGAGAACAUGUUAGCCUACAGACCUCCUGUAGGAGAAACAUGGGAAGCGGAGUUUCCUUUCGGCCUCACCUUAAGCUUUCUCUGCAUUCAUCUAGAUACCGUUGUCUUUUAUUUUAUUUGUUUCGUUUGAAUUGUAUUUGAAGUUUAUUUUUUACUUUUGCUUUCAUUUUUAAAUCUUACAUUUUAUUACUGGUUACAGAUUUUUUUAUUUUUUUUUUUUUUUAGGGGGACUAAUGUGCUUUUGGUUAGAUGACAAACAGGGGCUGACGGUUGGCCCGAGGAGAGAGAUUUUUGUGAAGAGGAAGCAGUUAGCCUCAAACCUCUUUGCCCACUCUAGCUGCCUUUCAGAUGGCUGGUUGCUACUUCAUGGCUUCUUAGCUGUUGGUUGACCUUUGACCUUUUCUUGUGAUAUACUGAAACCUGAGUGCCAUCCAUUGUUCAUGUACUGACCACUUGCAUAUUCUGGAACCUUCCAAAUCUUUCUUUUUUUUUCGCUCUUAGGCAGCCAUCAAUGUUUCAAUGUACCAUACACAUCAUUUUAAACCUCUACAGCUCUUUUGUGAGUGCUCAGUUGUAACCAACAGUAACCACCAGUCCAGGAAAAAAAAAAAGGAUGUACCAAUCAAAUCACUGGGAGUGCAGAGUAUUCAUUGCUGUCCAAGUUGUAUUUAAAAAAAGACGGUCAAAGUCAAAAUGACUUCAGAUCUUUGGUCAGCUCUCUGCAGUCGUUGCAACUGCCACCAUCAGGCCAGUCAGAUUCUUAAACAUGCAUUUAAAUUCCACCAAACGAAUUCUUGGUUUUACUUCCCAGAGUCCCCUGCCACAGUAAUUGUAAAGCUGGUUAUCUAGUUGAACUGACAAGUCUCUUGUGUAAUGAAGCUGCAUGGUAAGUGGUUGGAGCGGUGUGGCCAACCUCAUGAUAGAGGGCAAAUUAUUCAGUAAUGAUAAAAAGCAUCAUAGGAUCCAAGCACUUGUACAGUAAAAUUAUUUUCUUUUUUUGUACUUCAUAUAUUCACCCUCUCCCGCCUCCCCCCCCCCCCCCCCCCAUACUCAAUAUAUCCAAAUUUUAUUUUUGUCUUCUUUUAUACCCUUGAGGGUAUUUUGUAACUUGCUUUCUCGUGAAUUUGUGUUCAUUUUCAACAGUCUAUUUUUGCUUGUCUCUUGCCUUGGCUUUAUUUGUGUGGGGCAGGGCUUGGGAAUGAAAGUAAUUGCAUCUCACGCCAUUUGAGUUGUUUCCUGGCUCAACCCCGUCACGAAAUGGAAGCCUUUACUUUUGCCACUUUAUGUCUCUCGCUUGACUCCUGAGGACAAAGAUGAAGAAUGGACAGAAACACUUGCCUCGGGCAGAACUGGCAAACACUUGACUGUGUAGUAGACACAGUCCUACCCCGACUAAUGCUCUCCGGACUGUCUCCCCCUAGGGGAGGGGAAGAGGUACUGCAGUUUCACCGCUUCACAGUCACCCUGCUGAGAAAACCACAUCUCUAAUAUCCUGCUCUGAGUUUUAAUAUUUUAGAUAAAAGAAGAAACUAGUAGAAUGAGUUUGAAGAGAAAAAAAAACAAAACAAUCAGGUGUCCUCUGUGACGAUAGGCUACUUGCUGACUGUGGUCUACAAGACAGGGGAAGAAAUACUUGGAAAUAAACCAAAUACACAAA